AGAGCUGCAAACCUUUUUGGAAACUCACAAAAACAACAUGAAGAACAUAGCAAAAUGUAUAUUUGAGGGCAACGAAGAAAAUGACACAGAUCUCAAGACUGUUUACACCGAACUGUUCAUCACAGAGGGAGAUAUGAAAGAUAUCAAUCACGAACAUGAGAUUCUGAAGAUCGAUGAUGUUUUCAAGAACAGAAAAACUCAGGAUAAACCAAUCAAAUGCAAUGAUAUAUUUACUGAACUGAAGAAAAAAAACAAUGAGAAAAAGAUUGUGCUGACCAAGGGAGUCGCUGGCAUUGGAAAAACUGUCUCUGUGCACAAGUUCAUCCUGGACUGGGCAGAAGGAGAAGCCAAUCAAGAUAUAAACUGUGUGGUCCUGCUUCCAUUUAGAGAGAUCAAUGUGAUUAAAAACAAAGAGGUCAAUCUCCAUGAGUUUCUGCUGAAAUUUUAUCCUGAACUGAAGGACCUGGAGAAAUUGAAGUUGUAUAAGGGAUGUAAGCUAGCAUUAAUAUUUGAUGGACUUGAUGAGAGUCAACUGCCACUGAACUUCAAAUGUGAAGCACUGGACACCUGUGAGGAAAGGUCAUCAGUAGAUGUGCUGUUUACAAGUCUGGUCAAAGGUAAGCUACUUCCAUCAGCUCUCGUCUGGGUGACUUCACGCCCAGCAGCAGCCAAUCAGAUCCCUCGUCAGUAUGUGGGUUUGUUCACAGAAGUGCGAGGAUUCAAUGACCAACAAAAGGAAGAGUACUUCAGAAAGAAAAUCACAGAUGGGACUCAAGCCUCCAGAAUCAUCUCACACAUUAAGAUGUCUCGUAGUCUCUACAUCAUGUGCCACAUUCCUGUGUUCUGCUGGAUCACAGCCACAGUACUUCAGGAUAUUCUCAUUGAGAACAAGGAAGAGAACAUCAGCACAACUCUCACUGAAAUGUACAUUCACUUCCUACUAAUGCAGAUGAACAUGAAGAAUCAGAAGUAUGAUGAACAAGAACAAAAAGAACGCACAGAGCACUUAAAGUUAAAUAGAGAAAUCAUUUUGAAGUUAGCCAAGCUGGCAUUUGAACAGCUGAAAAAGGAAAAAAUUGUGUUUUAUGAGAAAGAUAUGAAAGAAUGUGGUAUUAAUGUGAGUAAAGACAGUGAAUUGACAGGAAUGAUUGCUGAGAUCUUUAGGAAGGAAUAUGGACUUUAUAAGACAAAGGUCUUCUGCUUUGUGCAUCUGAGUGUUCAAGAGUUUCUUGCUGCAGUGCAUGUGUUCAUCUGCUACCUGAACAAGAACAUGCAGGAGCUUCAGUUUUUCUUUGAAGAUUCACAAACUACAGCUAGACAAAAGCUUCACUUCUUCUUUAGACAUGUCAAAUUUCAUGACUUAACAAAGAGGGCCACUGAUAAAGCAAUGCAGAGUGAGAGAGGACAUCUGGACCUGUUUCUGCGAUUUCUCAUGGGCAUUUCACUGAAAUCAAGUCAAAACCUGCUCAAAGGCCUGUUUACAUACACUCAAGACACCAGAAUGAGCAUCAGGAAAAUAAGUGCUCACAUUAAACAAUUACAAAAGCAGGACAUCUCAGAUGAAACUUCGGUCAACCUAUUCUACUGCUUACUUGAGCUCAAGGAUCAUUCAAUAUAUGAGGAGAUCCAGAGUUAUCUCAGUUCAGAUGAACAUCCAAGAAGAGAACUCACAUCUUCAAUGUGCACAGUUCUGACCUACAUACUGCUGAUCUCAGGGAAGGUGCUGGAUGAGUUCAACCCAAAGAUGUUCACAUCAAACCAAGCAGUCUAUGAGAGACUAAUGCCAGCUGUGAGAUGCUGCAGAAAAGCUCUAUUUGACGGCUGUGGCCUUGUUGAAACAUGCUGUGAAACUUUGUCUUCUGCUAUACAAUCAUCAAACUCCCAUCUGACAGAGCUGGACCUAAGUAGCAACCACCUGCAGGAUUCAGGAGUGAAGCUGCUUUCUGAUGGACUGAAGAGUUCACACUGUCGACUGAACAUACUGAGGCUGUGUGGAUGUAAUCUCACUGCUCAGACCUGUGAAAGUUUAUCAUCAGCUCUACAAUCCUCGUACGCUGUCCUGAGACAGCUGGACCUGAGUAACAAUGACUUGCAGGAUUCAGGAGUGAAUCUGCUUUCUGAUGGACUGAAGAGUCAAAACUCAAAGAUGGAGAUACUGAGAUGUCGAUCUCCGCAUCGGAGGGAGAGCUCUCUGAGGAAGAUUCGGCUCUGCUGCUGUCCUCUGGGAUGGUGGCAAUGCCUGAAUCAGAUCCAGAGAUGUCAGCUAUGUUUUCCCAGGCUGCUGAGAAGGCUGUGUGGCUGUAAUCUCACUGCUCAGUCCUGUGAAAAUGUGUCUUCAAUUUUACAAUCCUCAAACUCUGUCCUGAAAGAACUGGAUCUGAGUAACAAUGACCUGCAGGAUCCAGGAGUGAAACUUCUUUCUGAUGGACUGAAGAAUCCAAACUGUCAGCUGGAGAUACUGAGGUUGUCUGGCUGUAUGGUGACAGAGGAAGGCUGUUGUUAUGUGUCUUCAGCACUGACUUCAAACCCCACACACUUGAGAGAGCUCGAUCUAAGUUAUAAUCACCCCGGAGAUUCAGGACUCAAGCUACUAUCUGAAAGACUGGAGGAUUCAAACUACUCACUGGACAAGUUCAAUGUGAAUCAUGGAGGAGAAUCCAGGAUUACAGCAGGACUAAAGAAAUAUGCCUGUUUUCUCACACUGGAUCCAAACACAGCAAACACUAAACUCAUUCUGUCUGAGGAGAACAGGAAGGUGACACGUAUGAAAGAGAACAGAAAGAUGGCACGCGUGGAAAAGAAACAGCCGUAUCCUGAUCAUCCAGACAGAUUUGAUGAUGUCUAUCAAGUGUUGUGUAGAGAGAGUGUGUGUGGACGCUGUUACUGGGAGAUUGAGUGGAGUGGAGAUUAUGUGUUUAUAUCAGUCUCAUAUAAGAGCAUCAGCAGGAAGAGACGGGGUGAUGAGUGUGUGUUUGGAAAUAAUGAUCAGUCCUGGAGUUUGUUCUGCUCUUCCUCCAGAUACUCAUUUAAACACAAUAAGAUAGAGACUGUUGUCCCUGUAAAGCCCAUCAUCAGUAGAACAGGAGGGUAUGGCCGUUACUAUAGAACAGGAGUGGAUGAAAUCUAUAGAACAGGAGUAUUUGUGGAUCACAGCGCAGGAACUCUGUCCUUCUACAGCGUCUCUGACACAACGAACCUCAUCCACACAGUCCAGACCACAUUCACUCAGCCGCUCUAUCCUGCGUUUUUGGUUGGCUCUGGAUCAGUGAAACUGUGUUGAUGAAUCGGAUUAGAUUGAUAAGAGAUUCUACCUAUAAUGCUUUGAGCUGCGUGAUAAAUCAGUAACAAAGAGAUGUUAUAGAGGCUCUGCAUGACAUUAAAACGGCAGCUGAACUUCUGUUCCUGAAAUAACAGUCAGAAUAAAUGUGUCAUAAAUCUUCAUAUAGACAGUAGGAUCUGUUUAUCUACAUUUGUGUUUUUAUUGUAGUGUGACAUCGAUCAUUUGUAUUAUUACUAUCAAAAUUA